CGUGCUGCCAAUCCAUCGAUAGUCACUACGCUACCUUAUGGUACCUAGUGCAGUGUAGUCUCCGCUUAAGGCAAGUAAGCGUAGUGAUCCUCCCACCAGCAGGCCCGUUCCAACUCGUGCUUAUUCCAGAAACCUCAACUUGCUUAUUGCAAUCUCGCAUGCAUCCGCAGAUGCCACUCGCCUGCUUGACAAACGCGUCGGCCCCUUAGCAUCCUGUUGACAUGCAGCUUGGGCCUUUCGCCGUCCGCCUACUGCAUGGUGCGAGACAGAGGUCAAUGGCCUCGCCCCCCAUCACAGUCCUCCGACGCAGAUUCACAUGCCGCUGGCUUGGCCCCAUGCGAGCUCUUCUAGAACACUGCCCCGCCAUGCUGCUGCUGCUUCAGUCCUCCCAUCAAACGAACUAUGCCAAGGCCUUGAAACGAGGAGAAGAUACAUGCCGGCACCCGACACGUACGGGCCUCCCAGAACACAGCAUUGCUGCUGGCAACGACGAGAUCGGGAUUGUCCAUCCCCUGAGCCCAAAGCGGAGCCUUGGGCAUUUUAGCUCCAGCGCAUCGAUAUCAUGGGCCCCGAGUAUGACGCUGUCAGGACGUCGGCCAAUUCCACAGGGGUCUUACCUGACUCACGGGCGCACCCGCACCAGCUUCGUCUGGACAGGUCCACGAUCAGAACCUUGGGCCAUCGCUCUCGCCGAGCUGAGAAUUUGGCCAGAAUCAGCGCCGAACACGACACAUUCCCGCCGGCCUCAGCGCGGUAUCAUUCGCUCCGAAACUGCUGAAUUCGAAGGUGCUCAGUUUUGCACAGAAAGCCCCCGCUUCUCAGCUCUGCGCCUCCGGGCUUACCCGAACGCUAGCCACCUUAUCUCUCGCACCAAUUCGUUCCAGAAGGAUUGACAGGCACGUUGAGUCGGUCACGUCACUCCGGUUGUUGACUCGGUACAUGCUGGCCAGAAAGUGGUUUCAACAUUUUGCGCUUAGGUCCCUGCCACAUUUCACUUGCUGACUGUGCGCGGUGCAG